AGUUUGCAGCGUUCCCUUUUGCAGAUAUUGAUUAACUUUCUGGUCCAAAAAUUUUGCGUGUUCGGGUCGAAGUUCAUUUAAUUUUAAAGGGUUUGCGUGAAUACUUCAUGGUAGAAUGAACAUGAAAGGACGCUGUUGCGUAGUAGCAGUGAUGGUUGAGUCCCGAUUGAAUGGAAUAGUUCUUUGUUGGUAUCAAUAUGGCCGACCAUAUUCAACAGAAAAGUUACCGGUAUAUUUUAAUUUCGGGUUCUAUUCCGUUUUUUUUAUGGGCUUCGAUAAUUUUUGCACGAACAGAACUUUUGCCGGUAAAACUAAAAACCAACAUGAUCUCCGCACACCGAAAUCGACAAGUUAACGUUACCGCUAUUCUGGCUUCAGCUAUUUGACAUUAGUGAACUGUCCAACUGAAGUAGUGUACCUUACCAGUGAUACCAUAUUUCCACCACCUACCGUAUCAGGACGGUAGUUUUAUAAUACUGAAACAAGGUGGGAAUAGGUUUUUGUGCUUAUACUCAAUUUCCGACAACUAUGAAAUAGUGACCGGUAUCUGUGCACGGAUUAAAACCAAAAUUGAUUUGUAUACGGGAUUUUGGCAAAGCCUGCACCUAUGAUGAAGAGAUCAUAGUAUUUAGAUAGAUAUGAUGAUGUUCUAAAUAGGCAGUCUGCCAUUCCAAGUUGAAUACUGAAUUACAGAAUUAGCUAAUCAGUUCAAAAUUCUACAUUAAUGAGCUUAAAGAGGUAAAAUCCAUAUACUGAUAUAUUUAUACAGUCAUUCUGUUAUUAAAGCAACUCAGCCAUUCCCCUCGCAACAAUAAGAAGCAUAAUUAUCCUCUUACUGCCUUAGUAGCUUAUCAUAAUCUCUCAAUUGUAAUUUUACAUACCUACCUCAGCCUAUCCUGGGUAGUGACAAAAUGGUGUGAAAAAUAGCAGCACUACCAUGCAUUAAUUAAGAUGAGACUAUUUUUGCGUUCCAAUUAUGCUAAACAGUUGUACCAGUAUAUAUACUGGAGUAAGUAUAUACAUAUAUAUACUUCAAUUAUGAACCACAUUGGCAUGUGCAAGUAUUAAAUUGCAUUUGUGGAAUUUGAGUGAAUGCAAAUUUAAAAAAUAUUUAUCUACUGGUAGUAAUUUUCACCAAAUUUACAUCUCGGAAGUAAUAUUUUUGCCUCAGAUGAUAAUAACAACAAAAGUACUUUUAACAAUAUUUUUUGGAUCGCAAGAGCCAGAUUGACUGAUGGAAAAUAUUAAAAGAAUAAUUCGUGAUUCAAAACAAUAUGUUGAAUACAUCUUACAGUUACAUGGAUGUUAACCUCUGUGCCAGUGAUGUCUUUCUUUUAAAUAUGGAGCUAUCCGAACAUUAUUCCUAAUAGAGUCGAGGGUACCUAUUGUACCAAUUUGAAAGUGAUCUGAGUGCUGAACUGAAAAAUUGUUAAAUUCUGUUAUCAAUUUAUUUCUAUUUUUAGAGUGUGCAAAAAAUAUGUUGAAUUGUCUUGGAAUUCCCAAAUUAAUUUGAGUCCAAUCAUUUGUCAAUAUCAUGUGCUUGUCAGCAAUGUGCUUUGAAACUUAUCAUUAUCAGUAAUGCAGGGGUUAAGUUUUGUUAUGAUUUCACAUCAUUUUUCAAAUUAUCUUUGUGAAGUUGAUUUGGAGUCCAGAAAUUGUCAUAUUUUUGUGAUUACCUCAAAAUUUUGUAUGCCAUGUGCACUCAUUCUCCCAUUAUAAUAUUAUUAUAAUAUAAUAUUGAUAUGACAUCUUUCAAUGUGAACUCAAUAAGUCUUAAUAAAUUUUUGAAUCUUUUGUACAAAGCCCUUGACAAAAUAACACCCCACCAGUUAAGGUUAGGAAUGCAGAUUGCUCUGUAAAUUAAAAUCAUUCCCAACUGCAUAAUCACUAAUUAACUGGGCGGGGAUGUUUUUCUCAAAUCUCAUAUUUCGUGGUGGGGCGCUGUACAGAAGAUUCAAAAUUUCUACAAUUUGGUUGAUUCGAAUCAGUUUUGUAAUUGGCCUAAUUUGUUCAUUCAUACCUUAACAGUAUUUAAUUUAUUUUUAAGAUAUAUUGUAAGUCAAAUAAUAUGCAUUGUAGAGCUUAUUUAUUAUUAGAGCGUGAAUACAAAAGAAUCGGAAAGAAUCCAGAUUGGGGAAUUGAGGUGACACCCUCAGAAAGUAAUGUAUUUUGCUGGUAUGCAACAAUAUCAGGUCUCAAUAACACCAUCUGGGAAAAUGGUUGUUUUCACAUAACUAUACUCUUUAAUGAAAAUUAUGAUGAUGACCCUCCUGAAAUCAAAUUCAAUACUAUUCCAUUUCAUCCAAAUAUUGAUCCAGUAACAGGUCAGCCUUGUAUAGAACUUUUUUCUGACUAUUUGAAAAAUGGAUCAAGUGGCCUAUCAAUCAGUAACUUGCUUAUUAAUUUGCAAACAUUAUUGUCCAAUCCUGUUCUUGACAACGCUGUGAAUGCAGAGGCCGCUGAUUUGUUAAAAACAGCACCACAUAUAUAUAUACAGCUUGUAAAAAACUGUGUGAUAGAAAGCAAAAAAUUAAUAGAUAUUCUCAAAGGACAAGAUUUGGAAAGCAACAAUACAACACAAAAGCAAAGUAAUAUACAAUUUCUGUUGCAAAGUAAAAGAGUUUCAAGCACAGACAGUUGUUCAAAACGGCCUAAACAAGUGUCUUUUGAUGAGUAUCACAGGAAUUGGGUUGAAAUUGCCUCGAGUCAGUCGAGUGCAAUAAUAUCUCUUAUUCAGCCGUAUUCUCGUGCCGAAAGAGUUGUUUACUUCAAGAAUUCGAAUAAUCGGUCUCCAAGACUAAGUCCAUCAUAUCAGCCAGGAGGCAGUGUUUCACCUUCUGUUGUAAGUAAAUCAGUUACUGUCGACACCGAACUGAAAGUUAAUAAGUUGCGGCAGAAGAAAAUGGAGAGAAUUUCUGCAAUGAAAAAACUAUACAUGAACGAAACUAGUCAAGGAGUGCCUGGUAGUACUGCCCCAGUAAGUUCGAGGACAGAUGUUGCUGACGGAGGGAAAACUUCGGAAAUGUGGGAAAAAGAGGCUGAACAGUUGGUUGCAUGGACGACUACUCUGGAGGAAGAUUCUGUAUAAUUUAUUGAAUAUUGUCCUUUUUUGCUAACUGAACACUGUCUAACAUCUUCUUUUUUCUUCAAUUUUAUAAAUUUUGUGAAUUUCUGUCAUAUAAAUGAAAAUUAUCAGUAUUUUGAAAAA